AUGAUUUUCAAGGCGUGUCUGACAAGUUUUGCUGUGUUUCUACGCUGUGUUGGCGUCCAGAAUAUUCUGUCACAACCACCGUUGAUUAAUGAGUUAGAGCUUGAGAGUACUGGGUCUGAGCGUGAAGAUGACUUGGAAGACCGGGACAGUCAAUACACUCCAGAGAGACCUGCCACUGGGUGUAUGAAUGAGCAAAUGAGCAAGAUGAGGAUUGGGAUUUGGAGGGCUUGUUGGACAGCUGGGCAUUUCCCACAGGGUAUGUGA